AUGACGGAGCCGGCGUCUCUCAGCGUGGUCAGCAUGCACACUGGGGACCAGCCGCUCUUCACAAGCCUGGUCGUGCACACCCCUGGAGCGGAGGGCUCCGCGACAGUUGGCAGCCCUGACGAGUUGCAGCACGUGUCGCAGACGCAGCACUGGCCUUACCCUGCCAGUCUGAGUCCGACUCAGGUCGUGGGGAGCACACCCCCACCAAUCAGCAGCUUGCUACUGACUCGAGGAAACGCCCUGUUCUUCCUUAACGACGUCGAUGGCUCGUCCAGCCCGAACGACCAGCUGCAGGCUCCAGCCGAGGUCGGCAGCGCCAGUGCUGGCCGUGACGUCUUCGACCACGCCAAGGCCCUCGGGAACAGCGACACCUUCCACCAGAGUGACGCCAUGCCUGCAACGACGCCAGUGGCCACUACACCACCCCCAGCUCCUUCACUGACGUCACCGCCUGCGUCUCCUCUUCAGAGCAUGCCCUACCGACAGCAGCUGCAGAAGCCUCACAGCUGGCCUCCACAACCAGUGGCAUCCCAGCAGCACCGUGAACAACAGCAGCUGCAGCUGCAGAGCUCCAAAUCCCAGCCGCGACAGCCACAAGCCUCCCAGUCCACAGAGCAGCAGCUGCAGCUGCAGCAGCUGAAGAAUCCCCACAGCCCUCCAAGGGAGUCACCGCAGACACAGUCCACAGGACAGCAGCUGCAGGGCCAGAAGCUGCGUGUCAAGCAGAAGCACCGUAGCAACAGACAUCGACACAACAAGCAACGCCCAGCAUCCACUGAGCACUCCUCCAUGUCUUCUGGGACAGACUUUGCAAACGGCUCAGGAGGUGCCAGGGUGCCGCCACCACCCACCUUGCCGCAGCUGGGCGGCCGCUGGGACGUGUCCACGCAGCAGCUGUCCACGCAGCAGCUGGCCCCGCAGCAGCUGCCCCCACAGCUGGGGGCACCCGCAGGCUCCUUUGUAGCACAGCUGCCACUCACACCGGGCGGUGGCCCAGACGCCGCAUCUGUGCCGGCGCUGGUGAUUCCCAUAACGGCACUCCAGGCAGCGGCCUCCCCGUCACUGCUGCUCCAGCAGCUGCAGCAGCAGCAACAAGGUUAUGAAGAAAAUCCAGGGCUGCUAGUGAGUCUAUGA